GUCUGCGUAUGCUGACAUGCUGCACGAUAAAGAAAGGAACCAAAAAUAUUAUGUGGCACUGAGGAAGGCAAUAGCACGAAUGCACAGUAGAGGAAAGCCAGCUCAUGUAUUAGACAUCGGCACAGGCACUGGUCUUUUAUCUAUGAUGGCUGUCAGAUGUGGAGCUGACUCAGUUACGGCUUGCGAGGCUUUUGCUCCAGUAGCCACGUGUGCAAAAGAAGUCAUGGCUGCAAAUGGAGUGUUAAACAAAAUUAAAUUAAUAUCCAAACGAUCAACAGAUGUCAAUGUUGGCAUAGGUUGUGACAUGGAGAGGCACGCAAACAUUCUUGUCACAGAAGUGUUUGAUACAGAGCUGAUAGGUGAAGGUGCAAUAGGAACGUUUCAUCAUGCCCACAAGCACUUGCUCGAGAAGGACUGCAUUGUUGUUCCCAGUGCUGCAAACAUGUACUGUCAAGUCGUGGACUCGAGGCUGGUACGGAUGUGGAAUAAGCUGGAGCCAAUCCGUGUUGGCAAGGAUGUUGAGAUAGCCACCCCACACAAAGUUGCACAGUGCACAGGAGCAGCAGCUGUCCAUGAUCUACAGCUAGACCAGUUGUCACCUGACCAGUUUGAGCCAAUUACAGACCCUCUACUUGUUUUCAGGUUUGACUACAGUGGAAACACACCGAUUCUGUUCAAUAAUCAUUCAGUUGUUGAUACAAAGGCAAAGACGGAAGGAUCGUGUGAUGCAGUAUUCAUGUGGUGGGACUUACAGAUGGACUUGGAUGGAGAUGUGGUGCUGAGCUGUGCUCCCAGAUGGGCACAUCCCGAUCCAGACGUCAUGCCGUGGCGGGAUCACUGGAUGCAAGCAGUUUAUUACAUUCCGAAGGAACUUUCAGUCAGGGUGGACUCGGCUAUAUCAGUACAUGCACACCAUGACGAGUACAGCUUGUGGUUUUCUGUCACUGAUUCGUCAACCAGCUGUGAGAGUGAAGAGCGGGACCAGCAUCCGGUCUGCACCUGUAGCGCACACGUGGCUUGCAGCAGGACGAGGAUCGGGAUGCUCAACGAUGAACGCAGAAGGUCUUGCUGGACCUCUGCCCUUAGCAAGGUUAUAUCUUCAGACACAGUGUGUUUGUGCCUCAGCGAUGGAUCAUUUCUGCCUCUUAUUGCAGCAGCUUUGGAGGCAAAAGAUGUGUUUACGUUGAACGAAUCUACAGUGAUGCGACGGGUGAUAGUACAAUACAUCAACACAAACAGCCUUACAAAUCUUCAGAUAUUAGAUAAAGGUCCUGAAAAUGUCUCAGCAGAAGAUUUAGGUAACGUAAAGGUCAAUCUUGUUAUAGGCGAGCCAUUCUUCUACAAUAGCAUAUUGCCGUGGGACAAUUUGCAUUUCUGGUACGGUCUUUCUGAACUGCAACACCACCUGGCUCCGUGUGUCAAAAUUCUCCCAGAACGAGCUUGCAUCAAAGCUAUAGCAGUUAGCUUUGAGCACCUUUGGAAAAUUCGAGCCCCAGUCGUUUGUGCAGAAGGGUUUGAUCUCAGAGCAUUCGACAAGAUGAUAAAGCAUUCUGCAGAGAUAAGUGAUUCACUGAUAGAACCACAGCCACUGUGGGAGUACCCAGGAAAAGCUCUGAGUGAACCUUUCACUGUCAUGGAUUUUGACUUCAGACAAGCAGUAACUGAACAAGAACAAAUAAACUCUUCCCUUGUCGUCGACUUUUUAGUGGAUGGAUGUUGUAAUGGUGUGGCAUUGUGGAUGGAGUACCAACUUGAUGAUAGCACGAGUAUCAGUACAGGCUUGACCCAGCCCCCAACCGCAGGAAACCUUUGUGUUUGGGAUAGGUACUCUCAACAGGCAGUACAUUUGCUGCCAAUACCUCAACAAGUCAGCAAAUCAUCUCGUGUAAACGUGAAAGCAGAAUUUGUACCAAGUCAAGCAAAGUUCAGCUGUGUAUUUUCAGUGCUGUAGUAAAACGUGUGUCAAUCAGGAUGUGUCACAGAUGUUCAGAAUCAUAGGUUGUCAAUAAAAUAUGGAUAAUAGCCCAGCUGUGAGUCAUUCUAA